UGCCACACUGGGGAAAAUUAAAAAAGGAAAUGUCCUUCCUGGCUUGCUACUGGUGCCUACUUAGACAUUUAGUAUUCCUCUUCAAUGUGUAAAGAUGCGUCAGGCGUUCUUUUUUUCUUCUCUUAUUAUCUCAGCAGUUGUGACUUCUGUUGGAGUCAUUGCAAAUCUGUUCAUUGCAGUGACCAAUUACAAGAAUUGGGUCAAAAGCCACAAGAUCUCCUCUUCUGAUAGAAUCCUGUUCAGCUUGGGCAUCACCCGAGUUCUCAUCCUGGGACUGAGUACUGUUUUCUCCAUCUUUUCAAGUAUUCGAAGGUCAGUCUCCCCAUCCGCUUAUUUCCUGUUGUGUUGGUUGUUUUUGGACUCUAAUAGUCUUUGGUUUGUAACCUUGCUCAACGCCUUGUACUGUGUGAAGAUUACUAACUACCAACACCCAAUUUUUCUCCUGCUGAAACGAAAUCUCUCCCCCAAAAUGCCCAGGCUGCUGCUGGCCUGUGUGCUGAUUUCUGCCUUUACCGCACUCCUGCAUGUUGUGCUCCGAGAAGCAUCACGCUCUCUGGAAUUGGUGACCGGGAGAAAUGGCACCGUUUGUGACAUCAAUGAGGAAAUCUUCCUUUUGGUGAGCCCUUGGCUCUUGAGCUCAUGUCUGCAGUUCUCCCUUAAUGUGACUUCUGCUUCCUUGUUAAUAAAUUCCUUGAGGAGACACAUCCAGAAGAUGCAGAGAAGUGCCACUGCUCUUUGGACUCCCCAGACCGAGGCUCAUGUGGGUGCUAUGAAGCUGAUGAUCUGUUUCCUCAUACUCUACGUUCCAUAUUCAGUUGCUUCCCUGCUCCAUUAUCUCCCUUCUGUAGCGAGUGAUUUGAGACUCAAGUCCAUUUAUAUUAUUAUUUCCACCUUUUACCCUCCAGCACAUUCUGUUCUCAUUAUUCUCACACAUCCUAAACUGAAAACAAAAGCAAAGAAGAUUCUUCACUUCAAUAAAUAGAGGAGUUUCGAUAAUAGAUGGUGGCUGGAGUCACCUCAUCCAGAGCAGGAUUUUCUUCGUUAGCAGCUUUCCCAGUGGUCUGAGGAAUUCAUUUUUUGUAAUUGCUAAUCUGACUUCCUAGGCCUUCAAGUACCUGUAUUUCAGUGUAUGUGUGUAUAUAUAUAUAUAUAUAUAUAUAUAUAUAGCUAAUAUUUUUAAAUUAGGCACUUUCUCUGAGGAACUUGUUUAGGGUCAUUGCUUAUCAUGUAUUUUGCAUGGGUGUUGCAUUCCUGGAUAAUGGAAAUCACCAUGUUGUUCUACUGGCUUCUGAAGUAUAAUGAGAAGUUCUCCCAGUUCAAGCAGUGCAUUAAGGUUCAUAUCUUUAGUUAAAUUGUUGAGGUUUAGCUGAGGAACCCUGGGAAAGGGCUCAGCAAUAGAUAAAUGGUCAUUGGGAACCGCUACACUGGCUUAAAGCGUAGCAAGAGGUGCAAAGAACAAAGGAGAAAAGGAAAGUGUCAGAGAAGAGAGGAAAGAGAAACAACAAAAGAACUAGGUGUACAUUGUGGCAGAUGUACAGAAAAAAUGUCCUCAGCUUUCUGAGUGACAGUAACUGACCUUUUACUACCGGGAAACUCUCGGGCUGAAUUUUGGGAUUUGUACUGGAAAGAAUGGAAGGGCCAGAGUUGAUGAGUGGAGGGAAGUCACUAGUAUUAAAGAAGCCCAGUCCAGGAUGGUUUCAAGGAUCUUAAAAUCCAGGGAGCUAGUCUAAGGUCAAAAGCAAGUGCCAAAUAGUGAAAUUAGCACAAUCUGAAUGCGACUUUACCCAAGAUUGUGCCCUAUCAUAUCAUACGGAAUUCAGUGGAAAGUCAAGAGGAGUCAUUGGACUGGUGGUGGGGACAUCUGACUUUUGGUGAAUUUGUGUCAUCUCUGCACGAAUUUAUGCACUGAAUUUUAUGGGCACUGCAUCAUUCUCCAGGAGAUUGCUGGCUUGUUUGUUUGUUUAAUUAAAACAGCAGGACUAUGGCUACAGAGGAACAGAAAUCUGAAGGCAGAAUAUUGAUGUUCUGAAAUGGAAAUUGGGGAAUGAUAAUUUAUGUAGUUUUUUGGUACUUAUAGGAUAUGUAAUAUUUACACAUCUCAAAAUAAAUAAUCUUAUUAAAAUAACAUUCUCUUUAUUAAAAAAGAAAAAACCCUGAGAAAUCUCCCGAUUUUACAAAUUACUUGAUUUUCCCCAUUUCAGCCAUCAGAAUCUUGACUACAAUAUUCAGUAAAGAUUACCCAAACCAAUAUUUUGUGCUACAAAACCUGGAGGUAUUCCUCAUGUCAGAUUCUGAAGAUUAAGAGAGUGAUUAAAUGUACACCGUGACAUAAGAACUUUGAAUGAGUAGCAGAAACCCUCAUGGGUCCCCAGUAUAUGUUCUCUUGCCCCUCUCUUACAUAGUUAUAGAAUUUUUAGCCACCCAGAAUUUUGGCAGCUUAUUACGUUUUAUAGCUUUCUCAUAAAUAGGUGUUAUCAAGUGAUCAAUUUCUGUGAAUAUAGUAUGAGCAGAAGUCAUGUGUAUAAUUUCUAGGUGGCACGUAUAGAACAGGUAUAUGCCUUCCAUUCCUUUCUCCUCUUCCUCUUCCUAUGGGCUGGAAUGUCAAUGUAAUGAUUGACCAUCUUGGACCAUGCAGAUGAGGUGACAGUUACUCAUCCUAGAGUUGGCUGUUGAGUUUCUGCUGCACCAACUCUGAACUGCUUACACCUUCAGCCCAGGACUGUUCACGAAAAAUUAACAUCUCCAUUGUUUCAGACACUGGUUUUGUGUUUCUAUUGCCUUCCUCAAAUAACUUAUGCUAUACCAUAAAGAUGUGCAAUAUUGUAUAUCUUUAUGAUGAAGUAGUAUGUAGUUAUUUACCAUCGUCUAGUCAAAGAACAUUUUAUAUGACCUGAGAAAAUAGUUAUAAUAUACUACUAAGUGAAAUAAAAAUAAAAACACGUGUAUGCAGUAUGAUGCAAAUUUUUUGUAAAAAAAUAUAUGCAAAGAAUAUUUAAAAAUGGCAAUUAACUUUGGGUGGAAGGUUUUGAGUAAUUUUUUCUUCACAUCACCUAAAUUUUACUUAAACAAAUGUGACUAGGUUUCCCUGAUCAUUGUUACCAGCUUUCUGCUGAUGAGCCAUUUUCAGUUGUUUCAGCUGUCAAAAAAGGAAAA